UGACAACACAUGACAGACACAAUGAUUUAACAGGGCGCCGUAGAUGAUGAAGACCACAUGAUUUGCUGGUGAUGUUUGAUUGGUUGCCGUUGAAAGAAGCCGAUAUUUGAUUGGUUCGUGGUGGAUGGCCAGAAUGUGGAGCAAACUCAUUGCUGUAUUGGUAGGCAUAGUGGCGGGAUUAUGGUGGUGGCAAGAUUUUGACGAAGGGGUCAUUCGAGGUAAGCGCGUGCUUGUGACGGGUGCCUCGACAGGAAUUGGCGAACAGCUAGCCUAUCACUACGCUCGGAUGGGAGCCAGUGUCAUGGUAACGGCGAGACGGACACAGAGGUUACAGGAGGUGGUGACCAAGUGUAGGGAGCUUGGAAGGCCGGACGCCAUCUUUGGUUACGUCACCGGUGAUAUGUCUAAUAUGUCAUUUACAAAGGAACUAAUAAAUGAGUCCAUACAAAGAAUGGGUGGCCUUGACUAUCUACUGUUGAACCACAUUCUCUCCCAAGAUCUCCAUUUUUGGAGUGGUGACGUAGACGAUAUGGCCUACUUGGACAAGGUCUUCGAAGUCAACUUCAAAGCCUACGUGCACCUGGCAUCGCACGCGCUUCCAGAACUAGAGAAAUCCAAUGGUCACGUGGUGGUCUUGUCAUCAUUUGCAGGUAAAUCAGCCCCGCCAUUUUCAGUGCCUUAUGCCUCGACCAAGUUUGCAUUGGGUGGAUUUUUCAGUGGAUUGCGACAGGAACUUCGAAUGAAAGACAGCAGUGUAUCUAUAACCACGUGUACUAUUGGAUUCAUAGCAACAGACAACGCAGUUGCUUCCUUUGCUCGGAUUCGGAAUGGAGCGCCACUACAGCGCAUCAUGGGAUCUGCAGCCACUCCUUCAGACACCGCCCUGGAUAUCAUUAGGGGAGCCGCUUAUCGGCAAAGGGAAGUGUACACACCCUUCCUCCAAAUAUACACAACAUCGUUUAUGAAUAAUUUAUUCCCUAGUCUUAUAGAUUACAUUAUGCGAUGUAUAUAUAGUGAUUGAUGUAACGCAAAAAUUGAGGAAGAAGAUUGGUGAUCGUCUUUUGCGCAGUAAAACAUUUACAUUAUAAAUCCAAAUUUUUAGUGAUCUGAUUAUAAACAUAUUCUUCACUGUGCCUGAAUUGUCGUCAUUGGUAUUUCGAGGAGGAUUUCCGAAACAGGCUUAUGCCACAACAAUAGUGCUCCUUAUGACGGUCUUUGAGACUGAAUACUACAACUACAACACUUAUCCAUUUCUGGUCACAGAUUUUAUAUCUGUGUCAAGGCUUCAAGGGGUAUCAUUUGAUGUCAGUCAGGGCAAUGGCCCCUUUCCCGGGUUUUUAACACGUGUGUAGACGCAUGGGUCGCUGGUAAGGACUUUCUGUGUAAAUCUAGUACCGUCUCCUAGGUGGACAAGAGAUGACACAGGUACUGUCUUCUAUGUGAACUAGAGAUGACACAGGUACCGUCUCCUAGGUGGACAACAGAUGACACAGGUACCGUCUCCUAGGUGGACAAGAGAUGAUAUAGGUACCGUCUCCUAGGUGGAAAAGAGAUGACACAGGUACCGUCUCCUAGGUGGAGAAGAGAUGACACAGGUACCGCCUCCUAGGUGGAGAAGAGAUGACAUUCCAUAUAAAUGUGAUUUUGCUCAGGAUGUACAUGUGCCUUGUUUUCGAGGUCGGUGUCACAGUACAACGGGUUACGUAUGUCAAAUUCUGAUGAGGACAAUGUGUCCAGUGUGGUAAGGAAACCUCUUGAUAAAACUCUGUGUAAUGUAUCAUGUUGUGGUCCAAAGUCUGGAUCGUCGUCGGAACGAAUCCGUGAUUGAAUGACAAUUCAUUCCCUUUUUUAUUUUCAUUUCAAAGAUUUGUAGUAAUAUGGUAAUUGACUAACGAGUCACAGAUGUGACUUUUGUUUUUGAUUUACUGAUGUUUUGUUUCUCAUUCUUUUUUUCAAUAUUUAACAA